AGCGUCGUCGAAAGUCAGUCAACCCGGUGACGUCUCGUAGACAGUGUCAUACGGUGUCGUUAUCAUUGCAUCCUUGUUUACCGAAUUGUAAAUUUAUCAAUCGAGUAGACGUAUAAGGUGCAACAGUGCGCAUCGCGUAAUAUCUGUAAUGGUUCGCGCGUGAAUCGCGUCAGACCCGGAUGGAACUCGAUCAAUAAUAAAAAGCAGGUAUUCGUGAGUCGCGUUUGGGCGUCUUGCGUAUCGUGUAUCGUGUAUAAAUUGAACCGCGGCAUGACACAGAUGUGUGUUACGAAUCGAACGAUUCCUACGAAUUCUGUGCAGGCACCCAGGGUCGGCGAGAAAAGCUAGGCCGAAAUGAUCGAUGGUAAUGAAAGUGAUCCGGUGUGUCACAUCGUCCUGGAGAGUUAUCGUAGUAACGAAUGAAUCGCGAAGACGCCAUCGAAGCAGUUCUCAAGUAGCAGAUCGUCGUUGACUGGUUACCGGGAACCAUGGUAAAGAGCGACCGCGGUAACUGAUCGUAAAGAUUGGUAAUCGUCCGGGCGUGUGUGCAACGGGAGGGAUAUGUUAAUGAAGAAAAGGAACCGCGAGAAAGAGAUCGACGAGCGCGAACGACUGUAGGAAGCGAGUCGCACGUCACUAGCGUUCGAGAACGAGAAGAAGAGAAGCGAGAGGAUGGAGGACGAGCUGCGAUGCCCCUGCUGCAAGGAGCUGUUCGUCGAACCGGUGUUGUUGCCCUGCUGGCAUGCCCUUUGUCUAGCGUGCGCGGUUAAUUUACAAGCACCUCCCGACUCCCCGCCGGAGUCGUCGACCGACUCGUCGAACGCGCCAGGAUCCGACCAGGAGGCCGACAAACUCUCGAUCCUCUCCGAAACCGAUUCCGGAGUGGUGUGCAGCAGUACGUCGACCAGUUCGCGGCCCGGAAGCUAUGUCGGCACACCUGGAAACGGAGGUUUCCCACCGUCAGGCGGCACUUUGUGCCUCUCCUGCCCGGUUUGUCAGAAGACCGUCUACUUCGACGAAGGCGGAGCUCACAAUUUACCCAAGUACAGGGCGAUGCAACAUAUCGUUGAGAAGUAUCAAGAGUCGAGGAACACGAGAUUGCAAUGUCAGAUGUGCGAAGCCGAACCUCGGGACGCUACCGUCGCUUGCGAGCAAUGCGAGGUCUUGUAUUGCGACGCGUGCAGAGAGUCGUGUCAUCCGAAGAGGGGACCACUGGCAACGCACAAUCUGGGCCCGCCUCGAGGCAGCUGGCAAUCGAACGGUGGUGCUCGAGGUUCUCGCGGCUCGGCCGCGGAAACUACACCCCUUUGCGCCGAUCACAACGGCGAACCGCUGUCUCUUUAUUGCGCCCUUUGCAAGGCCGCGAUAUGCACCCUUUGCCUUCGAGACCGUCACACUGCUCAUCCGCACGACGUUCUCCCGUUGGCCGCGGCUUGCAAGGCACAGAAGACGGAGCUCUCGCAGAAUUUACAACAGCUGUCGGAAAGGGCUCGCUCGACGACGGAAUUCAUUCAGAGACUCAAAGGAAUGACGGACAAAGUGCACGAGGAGUGCGUCGCAUUAGAGGAAGAAGUGGAGGAGAGGGUGGCGACUCUGGUGAGUCUUUUGCAGGCAAGGAAAUCUCGGUUGAUCGAAGCGGCCCGGCAAACGAAAGAUGCCAGGGUACGCUCGUUGAGGGACCAAGUGGCCAGAUGCGCGUCUCAUCUGCAAGCGACCACCGCCCUUCUCACCUUCUGCAUCGAAACUCUCAAGGAGACCGACGGCGCUGCCUUCCUCCAGAUCGGUGGCAUGCUGUCGGUCAGAGCAGCGACCGCUGCCGGUUCUUGGGGAGGCGCCGAGGGGGUGCAAGAAAUCGCUCGACUACCUCUGCUCGAUCUCACGUUGGACGACAAGCCGCUACGACGCGCUAUAGAUCAACUCACUUUCGUUCAAUUAAAACCAUCCGAAGGAGAAGAUCGUUUCCCGAUUGCAGCGCCCGGAGCCCCGAUCUUGAUACCGGAAGAGUGCAGCGCCGAAAACAACAGCGUGACGGUCGCUUGGCAACCUCCACCUGGACACGGGAUCGUCGGAUGUGCCAGCCAGAGAGGACCCGCCAUCGAAGGAUACUUAUUGGAAUUGGACGACGGAUACGGCGGAGAAUUCAGGGAAGUGUACUGCGGCCGAGAAACAAUUUGCACCGUGGACGGGUUGCACUUCAACUGCCUGUACAACGCCAGAGUGAGAGCGUUCAACAGCGCCGGAGAGGGCGAAUAUUCGGAACUGAUCGGUCUCCAAACCGCUGAGGUGGCUUGGUUCUCGUGGGCAACCGGGGCGUCCGGUGUACCACAGGAGGUAUCGGUUUCCGAGGACGCGAUGAGCGCGUCCUGCGAGGGCUACGAGCACCGGGUGGUCUUGUCGAGUGUCGGAUUCUCGCGGGGCGUUCACUACUGGGAGUUGACGAUCGAUCGCUACCACAGCGAUACGGAUCCAGCGUUCGGCAUAGCCAGGGCCGAAGUGGCGCGGGAUCGAAUGCUCGGUAAGGACGACAAGGGUUGGAGCAUGUACAUAGAUCGGCAGCGUUCCUGGUUCAUGCACGGCGGAGGUCACGCGCAGAGAACCGAGGGCGGCGUGCAACAGGGCUCGACGGUGGGCGUCCUCUUGGAUCUGGACACUACUCACACGAUGCGGUUCUUCGUGAACGACCAGCCACAAGGCGGAAUCGCGUUUCGCGAUCUCUACGGCGUGUUCUAUCCGGCCGUCAGUUUAAACCGUGGAGUGACCGUCACUCUGCACACGGCCCUGGACGUUCCUCGUCAUCUGUUAGCGCUGCACGAAGAGUAUAUGACGGACGCUGUUCAGAGCUAGGGAUACCUAACCGUCCUGAAAAAGGGCCUGUUGCAGGAGAUCGGGUUCUCGGGUUCGAGCGACAAGUCGUCGAGAGAGUUCAACGGUCAUCUCGAGAAAAUCGUCGAAGAGAACCUCGGUGAGACCAACUGAUGACGAUUUACCGACCAACCGGCGACACUACGACGUCGUCCCGCAAAUCUUAUCACUUUUAAUUUAUUUUUUUCUACAAGCGUCGAGGUACACGUAUACAUACAUGCCUACGUUCACACGUACUAUUUCCGAAAUGUGCUACGCGGACGUCUCGAGCUUAGGUUUCGAUAAUUUUGCGAACAGUACCUCGCACAAGUCUCGUAAUAGGAUAAACGUGUAGUGUAAUCAAGUUUCGUUCGAACGUGUUUCUUACGCUUGAAAGUGGAAUCGGCUUUUCUCGACGUUGUCGAUCUCGGGAUACUAUAGAUAAGGGAAAAAAAGUAUAAUAUCUUUCGAUUGUUCGUCUCAAGAUCACUGCCAGAGACCUGCCAGUUGUCGAAUCGAAGACUGCCAUUUACGACGAAUACGUAAACCGAAGUGUUCUCCGUCUGACGAUCGUGAGAGCGAUCGUAUUCUUAACCAUAUCGAUACGUAUAAGUAUAAUCGCGUAGGCGUAAGGUAAAUUCUGUCGGUAUUUAGUAAAACGUAUUCGGAUUGAUUCAAGAAAGGAAGGAGGGAAGAAAGGAGGGAAGGGAGGUAGAGUAGAAGAGAGGGAGGGGAGAAACGAUAGAAAAGAAGGAUACAGCGAGCAAGAUCGUAAGCAUUAGUGAAAAAUAAUGAAUCGAAUAAACAUGUUCUAGUCCCCGAUAGAAUAUUUCAUCUACUUUGCAUUCGCCUUCAUUGCUUAUUUCUGUUUCUUUUCUUAUUUUUAUACUCACCAUUUCGUACUCGAACAGUUGGUUCGGAAUAUAAAUAUUACGAGACGUUUCGAAUUAAUUUAAAAUAGAUGUUGCAGCGCACACAUCCUCGUAAAAACCCCGGCAACGACUACUCCCGGCAACGAGGAGGUUCAUUGUCAGCGUUGUAUAUAUUUGUAUAUACGUAUUUCGCCCAUACUCCCGAUGAAUUUACUAAUUGUAUUUACGACUUUAUUCGAUAUUCGAUCAAUAAAAACGCACCAGGAACAGUGA